AUGGAACUGUUUGAGUUGAUUGCCACUACACAUUCCAUGUUCUCAUUGGAAAGAGUGGCGCCACCGAAGACAGGAGAAAUGUAUGAGUUAGACAGUGCAGCAGCUACCAACGCCCAAAUAGUGGCAUUGACAAAACAAGUGGAGUUAUUGGUGAAAUCACAAACGAAAGGAGCACAUGCAGUGACAGCUGGUCCAUCAUGCGAGAACUGCGGGGCUAAUCAUCUGAUAGAAAACUGCACAUCUAUAGGCUAUCCCGACGAGCAGGUCAAUUUCAUUCAAAAUGGGUCUCGAAAUUUUAAUCCAUUUGCUCAAACAUACAACCCAGGAUGGAAACAAUACCCAAAUUUCAAAUGGUCGGAUAAUCAACAAGGGAACAGUUCAAAUAAUGCCCAACAGGAGAAAAAACCAAGUUUGGGGGAGAUGUUCAACCAGUAUAUGCAGAAGACUGACAAGGUGUUUCAGCAGAUUGACACUAAUUUUCAGAAUCAGCAAGCAUCAAUCAAGAAGUUGGAAACACAAAUUGGUCAGAUAGCUCAACAGCUUGCAGAACGCCCACAAGGGACAUUGCCAGGCAAUACAAUGGUCAAUCCAAAAGAGCAAGUGCAAGCUAUAACUACCAGGAGUGGGGUGCAACUUCCAGAAAUUCAUGUGAAGAGACCUGAGCGAAAAGAAAAGGAAAAAAUGGGUGAAGAGGCUGGGAAAGAAGUAGAGUUUGAACAACUAACUGACAAGGAAAACGAAAGGAAGGAAACACCUGCAGUGAGAGCACCCUGCCCCGUGAAGGCUUAUGUGCUACCAAUUCCAUUCCCUCAAAGGUUACAAAGAAGGAAGAUGGAUAAUCAGUUUGCCAAGUUUGUGGAGAUUUUCAAGAAACUGCACAUCAAUAUUCCUUUUGCAGACGCAAUUGCCCAAAUGCCCAGCUAG